GGCAUAAAUAAAUCUUGUUGACAUUCCGGAAAAUAGGUGCAAAUUUCUCCAAAUAAAAAUUGACAAAAAAAAUGACAAAGUAAAUCUAGCGUUUCACUAGGAUUUCAUAUUACCACAUACCACAACAUCAUUUCGUUUUCAAGCUAAAUUCUUUGUUAUGAAAUAAGCCCGAUCAUGAGCUUAGAUGCCGGCCAGACUAGUCAAAACGGAUCUGAAAACGAACCCAAAGGAAUGUCUGUGAGCAGCAAAGAGUCUGGUAGAUACUGCUGGGUUUGUUUUGCUACCGAAGAGGAGGACCGUGAGGCUGCUUGGGUGCAGCCCUGUAACUGUAGAGGAACGACUAAAUGGGUCCACCAAAGCUGUCUUCAAAGAUGGGUAGAUGAGAAACAAAAGGGGGGCAACAUGGGAAAGGUGACAUGUCCGCAAUGCCAGACUGAAUAUAUCAUAGUUUUCCCCAACAUGGGUGUGCUAGUCUUAAUGCUAGACACAGUUGACAGCUUUAUUUACAAAGGGUGUCCCUUUAUGGCGGCAGGGAUUGUUGUUGGAGCUGUGUAUUGGUGUGCCGUUACUUAUGGGGCUAUAACAGUUAUGCAGGUAAUAGGCCAAAAAGAGGGCUUAGCUAUAAUGGAACAAGCAGAUCCGUUGAUAUUAUUGAUUGGACUCCCUGCCAUUCCAGUAGCACUACUUUUAGGCAAGUUGAUCAGGUGGGAAGAUGCCCUGCUUAAUUUUAUGAGGAAGAAUAUUAAUAAAAUUCCUGUCAUUAGGAGCAUACCACCUUUUAGUGGUUUUAGGAUCGACAUCGGCACCAGUACGCGGCCGGAAUCCUCGACAGAAAAUGACAUGCCCCCAAUCGGGAGCCACACGUCCGCCACGCGAGUUCUUUGCGGAGCCCUGCUUAUGCCAACCAUAUCAACGUUUUUUGGGAAAUUUUUCUUUGACUCUGUAAAGUCGAAUUUCCACAGAACAGUGCUGGGCGGUUUGGCUUUUAUAGCCAUCAAAGGCUGCCUGAAAAUCUACCACAAACAACAGAAUUAUAUUAGGCAGUGUCAAAGGAAGAUCUUGGAUUACACCGAAUCAAAUAUAUCAAUGUACGUUAGGCAUCAUAGGCGGGAAGCAAAUCGCAAUACCGCGGAGAAUCCGUAAUGGGGUUUUAUGUAAAUUUAUGUAUGUUAAAUAGAAUGAUGUUUGUCCCUUAGAACAUCUGUAACUGGGAAUAAUUUAAGAAUUACAAAGUACAUAUAUGUAUGUUAUCCUCUAUAAAGUAACUAAACAAUUAUAGAACCAGAAUUAAACUUUUUAAGUAGCAGAUUUUUGAGGGACUAGAACUAAGCCUAUAUGUAAACACUGAUUGUUAAAUAUACAUAUGUGUAAACCAA